AUGCCCAUUGAUAUAAUUAGAACUGUCAUUGCCAGUGGCACCGAGUCGUUGUCUUGGUGGCCACAACUGGUGAGAUACGGACCAGUAGUACUGGCCGUGGGUGGACUCAAGUACUACUUCACAGGAACCCACAAUACCUGGGAACGUGACAUGAAUGGCAGAGUGUUUAUUGUUACUGGUGGAACUUCUGGGGUGGGUGCCGCUAUUGUGAAGGAAUUGGCCAAAAAAGGAGCUCAACUGAUUCUUCUGAGCUCGCAGGUAGACCGCACUCAAUGGUUCGUGGAUUAUAUUAACGAUUUGCGGGAAGAAACCAACAAUAUAUUGAUCUACGGCGAGCAAUGUGACUUAUCCUCACUCUAUAGUGUUCGGAAAUUUGCGACUACGUGGCUGGAUAAUGUUCCCCCAAGAAGGCUGGAUGGAGUCAUUUGCUGUGCAGGUGAGAGUAUACCACCUGGUACCGCUCGCUCUGUCAGCAAAGACGGGAUAGAAUCUCAGAUAGCUGUCAACUAUUUAUCGCACUUCCAUUUGCUUACGCUACUGUCUCCAGCAUUAAGGGCGCAACCUGCAGACCGUGAUGUGCGUGUUAUAGUCACUUCGUGUGUCACGCAAUCACUGGGGGAAAUAGAUUUAGAGGAUCCUUUGUGGCAGACCAAGAAGUAUCCACAAAAUCGGCCAUGGAACGUGUUUGGAACUUCGAAACUGAUGCUGUCAAUGUUCGCGAAAGAGUAUCAAAGACGUCUGGAGGCGGUGCCGCGUAAGGACAACGCUCCCUGUAAUAUCAGAGUAAAUGUGGUGAACCCGGGAAUCAUGAGAUCACCUUCCACGAGAAGAGUACUCUCUCUAGGUUCGAUUUGGGGACUCUUUAUCUAUCUGUUGACGUAUCCGAUCUGGUUUGUUCUGCUCAAACCUACGGAGGCUGGAGCCCAAUCUUUCCUUUACGCUCUGUCCGCUCCCGUGCUAGCAGAACUGAAAGGCGGAAACUACAUUCAGGAGUGUCAUAUAACACAGCCUGCCAGGAAGGAACUGGAUGAUCAACAGCUUCAGGUUAAGCUUUACGAGAAAACCGAGGCGUGCAUUGCUCAAAUCGAGCGUAAGUCGGCCUCGGCGAAAAAACGCGUUUGA